UUGAAACUUGAAAGCAUCUUCAUCUCCAUCAAACUUAAUUAGUUUAUCUAUUUCAAAAUUCUUUACGCCGUUGAGUAUUGUUAUAUAUUAUUAAUUAUAAAUUGGAAUUAAAAAUUGUAAUCCUUGAGUACUGUCAUGAAUUUUUCAGUUUAUUUUCAUCUCCACCAUGAUUUGAUGUAAUUGUCGUAUUGACUAGGCAAAAAUCUUGAUGUUCUAACACAGAUACAUACAAUCUGUUUUAUCUCCUCUUCCUUCUCAAAGCUACUUACAUAGAUAGAUACACACGAGGAACCGGUUUUGUUCUCUUUACCUUCUCUUUCUCUGUUUUCAGCUGCUGGGUCUUCUUACUGAGUUCAACUUUGGGUUUUGAGUGAGUGUUGCAAUCAUAUUGUGAAUAUUUAGGAGUUUCUGAAUCUGGGUUUUUCAAUUCACUGCUUGCCAAUAUCUAUUUCAAGAGUUUGUACUUUUUUUAAAUAAAAAAAAAAUCAUUUUUCCUCUUCUGAGUAUUUGACUUUGGGUCUGUGCAGCAUCGUGUUUGUCUUCAAUUGAUUUGCUUAGUGAUUUUAUGCAGGAAACUGAACCUAGGAUUUUGUUUUAAUUUAUCAUCACAAAAAAUCUCAUGAACAGUUAUUUAUUUACAAAGUUCAUGUUCUAGGUCUUAUUGUGUUUUGUGCUCAUUAUGAUCUCAAAUUUGAAAAAUCUUUGAUUCUGUUUUGGCCACUGCUUAUGAUACUUGCAGCAGCUGAGUCAUAAUUUUCCAGGUUCCUGAGAUUUCCUUGGAAACAUGAUUGUGUCUGCUCUUCUGACAUCUGUUGGCAUCAAUAUUGCUCUGUGUGUGUUGUUCUUCAUACUAUAUUCUAUAUUGAGGAAACAACCGAUCAAUUAUGAAGUUUAUUUACCGCGCCUUCUGGCUGAAGGAAUUUCUAAGAGGAGAAGUCGUUUCAACUUAGAAAGACUAAUACCUUCUCCGGGUUGGGUUGCAAAUGCCUGGAGGCUUUCUGAGGAGGAACUGUUAUCAUUAUCAGGAUUAGAUGGUGUGGUGUUCAUGCACAUUAUAACCUUUAGUUUGAAAGUAUUUACUUUUGCUGGGAUUAUUGGUAUCUUUGUGCUUCUUCCAGUCAACUGCUGGGGAAAUCAGCUAAAAGAUUUUGAUGUUGCAAACUUCACCAAUAACUCCUUGGAUGUGUUUACCAUAUCAAAUGUAAACAGUGGCUCUAACUGGUUAUGGCUCCACUUCUGUGCUGUAUAUAUUGUCACUGGAUUCAUAUGCAUACUACUUUUUUAUGAAUAUAAACACAUAUCUUCUAGAAGAAUUUCUUAUUUUUAUUCAUCAAGGCCUCAGCCUCAUCAGUUCACCAUUUUAGUUCACAGCAUUCCCAUUUCCUCCGGUAGCAGCAUCAGUGACAGUGUUGAGAGCUUCUUUGAAGAGCUAUAUCCUUCUACGUAUCUGUCACACAUGGUUGUUCGUCGUACUAGCAAAAUCCAAAGACUCCUAAAUGAAGCAAAAUUUUUGUAUAAAAGGAUUACACAAUUACGAUCGGAUCCCACUCAGGAAAAGAAUAAGCAUGGUGGUUUUUUUGGACUUUUUGGCGGAAAAAACAAUCUUAUGGAGCAGUAUGAAAAGAAAUUAGAGGAUAUUGAGGAGAAUGUAAGAUUGAAGCAGUCAGAGUCUUCAUUGGCAGCAGAAGAGACUCGAGCUGCCUUUGUGUUCUUCAAGUCUCGUUAUGGUGCUGCAACUGCUUUCCAUUUGCGCCAAUCAAUUAAUCCCACACAGUGGAUUACUGAGCAAGCUCCAGAACCUCAUGAUGUUUACUGGCCUUUCUUCUCUGAAUCAUUCAUGCAAAGAUGGAUUUUUAAGUUGGUGGUUGUGGUUUUGUGUAUUCUUUUCACUAUUUUGUUCCUCAUACCUGUAAUAAUCGUACAAGGGCUUACCAACCUGAGUCAACUGGAAGUUUUGUUUCCCUUCUUGACAAGUAUUCUAACCAUAAAGUUUGUCAGUCAAGUAAUUACGGGAUACCUUCCCAGUCUUAUUCUUCUGUUGUUUCUUAAAUUGGUGCCUCCUGUCAUGGAGUUCCUUUCCUCCAUUCAAGGAUACAUCUCACAUAGUGAUAUAGAAAUGAGUGCAUCUAUAAAAGUACUGUGGUUCACAAUAUGGAAUGCUUUUUUUGCAACUGUAUUUUCUGGGUCAGCUCUAUAUAUGGUGUCAAUCAUCCUUGAUCCCAAGGGCAUUCCUGGGAAGCUGGCAGUUGCAGUUCCGGCGCAGGCAUCAUUUUUUAUCACUUAUGUGGUCACGUCGGGAUGGACAAGUAUAUCAUCAGAACUCUUCCGUAUAAUUCCUUUCAUUUCCAGUUUGAUAAGAAGGCCUUUCACAAGUCCAAAUGAUGAAUUUGAAGAAGUUCCAUCUAUUGCAUACCACAGGGAUAUUCCAAGGGUCCUUUUCUUUGGACUUCUUGGUAUUACAUAUUUCUUCCUAGCGCCACUUAUUUUGCCAUUCCUCUUGGCCUACUUUUGUCUUGCAUAUAUCAUUUUUCGAAACCAGUUUAUAAAUGUCUAUGCACCAAAGUAUGAAACUGCAGGGAAAUUUUGGCCUAUAGUGCACAGUUCAAUGAUAUUUUCUCUAGUACUCAUGCACAUCAUUGCAGUGGGAAUCUUUGCAUUGAAAAAGCUUUCUCUAGCAUCUACAUUGAUGCUUCCUCUACCAGUCCUCACGCUUCUGUUUAACGAGUACUGCCGAAAAAGAUUCUUACCCAUAUUUGUUGCAUACCCUACAGAGAGUUUGAUAAAGAAGGAUAGGGAAGACCAGAAUGAUACUACAAUGAAUGAGUUUUAUGACAAUCUGGUAAAUGCUUAUAAAGACCCUGCUUUGGUUCCAAUUCACUACUCAUCAAACACUGACGGUCUUCGCAGCCCCCUUAUAUCUACUUAAGCUUAAUAUGCUCUAGGCACAAUGUUAUUCCAUAUAUAUAUUAGACCAGUUUUGUUGGCUCUUUUUGUAUGUGAUGGAAUGGAAGAUUCAUGUUUCAAGAGCAAUGGGGUGCAGAAGGUGCUUGUAUACCUUUGUUUGCAGAUAGAAAACUCUUUAAUUCCAAAAUAGUGAUCAAUCUUUCCCAGCGUCUUAGAUGAAGAGCCUGAAACUUCCAUAUAGUAGUCAACUUAUCUUUUGCCUUCACUCUUAUCACUUUCGUUAUUUGCAUU